AAUAAAACUUCACACAAAAUACUUAAUUCGUUUUAAAAAAUUAUCUGUAAUGAUAUUUUAGUCAAUGAUGUGCUUCAACAUAUUCUAAUGAAAAGACAUUUCAUUAUUUUACUACAAAUUUCUCUUGCAGACUGUUCCUUACUUUUCACUGCAAUGUAAACUUGACAUAAAACAAACAAAAAUUUAUCAAAUAAAUUUAAAAGCAUUGCGACCACGAAGUAUCCUGUAAUUUAUUUAUGCCACAUCCCAAGAGAUUGUUUGUUCCCUUUUUAGAGAGGUAUCUCUGAAAAUAUAAUAUCCUCUGUAAAGGUAAACAAAAAACAACAAACAAAGACCAACAUCUCUUUGGUCCAACGAACUAUACAUAAAGAAACACACAAAAGAUAUAAUGGCUUUUGGCUCGUCCAACCGGUGAUCGAUUGGAGUGCAUUUAAUCCCCAAACACAAAAACCGGGUUCAUCAACCCCAUACUCCAACAUGUGCCACUUUCUAGGUCAUACGAACGCACGUAUUUACGCGAGGUCUUCCAUCACGAAAACAAGCCGGUCCCCGAUGCGUUUCGCGUGCAGACAACGGCGUGUGGAGUAAAUUUCGGUGAAUCAUCCCGCCGUACGCGGGUUCAAAAGUUUCCCCCCCGAUAUCGAUCGUCCGUUCGUUUGCAUGCAACGAGGAGGGGUUGGAUGUGGCCAUGCUGUUGCUCUCCGAUCGGCGCGCCCUCCCUAACCCCAACGGAAACAAUGCUGCAACGUGAACUCGCGGUCAUAACACGGACUGUCUGCCGGUUCGCGUACUCGCGAAAUUCGAUGGUUCACCACGUCGUGUUGUGACCAGUGAUUCGAUUUGGUGUCGCACCGGACCGUCGACAUGAUACCCUUCACCACGUGCAUGGUUUUCAGGCGCAGCCAACGGUGGACGCCGGUCGUAAAAGUCCAACUGCAGUCUGAAAAGAUUCGAGAGGAUGCACAGACAUGUCCCCCACUCGAAGAGGUUACAAAGGAACCCGGAGUUACCAUCAAUACAGACGAUGGAACUAUCGUGUAUCAUACAAAAGAACCGGAAGGGCCGCGGCACAGCAACGAGGACUUCAUCCUGCUGGAUGCGAUGGCGCUCAGCCCCUCCUUGGCUUGUUCCGGGAAAUUUCUGACGAUGCACAAGAGACGCCGCAAAAAGCUGACCACCCGGUCCCUGUCACAAGAUCACGCUAUACUUGAUGAUAUUCAUCACGGACAGGUCCAGAAAAUAUUAGACCGAUGUGGAUUGUGGGCCUUCAAUGCAUUCACAUUGGAGACGGUGGCAGGUGGACGAUCACUGCCCGUAUUUUGCGUCCACCUUUUUCACUACUACGGACUACUGGACCACUUUAACUUGGAUGUAGUGCACGUGUGGAAACUUUUCACUCUCAUAGAGGAAGGUUACCACAGCACCAAUCCAUACCAUAAUUCCAUUCAUGCGACUGAUGUUACUCAAGCCAUGCAUUGUUUUUUACAAGAGUCUAAGAUCCGACAACAUCUGACACCGGUUGAAAUAAUGGCAGCGAUAAUCGGUGCAGUUGCUCACGAUCUGGACCAUCCCGGCGUCAAUCAACAUUUUCUCAUCACAACCAAAAAUCAUCUUGCCAAAUUGUACCAAAACAUGUCCGUACUAGAAAAUCAUCAUUGGCGCUCUGCGGUGGGUUGUCUGUUGGAGAGUGGAUUGGCAGACCAACUUAUUCCAUUCCGAAACGAACUGGAAUCGCAGAUUCGUGAUCUCAUUUUAGCAACAGAUAUAAAUAGACAACAAGAAUUUUUAACUAAAUUCAAAAAACAUUUAGAUGAAGGCACAUUAGAUUUAACAAAAGCGGAUAAUAGAAGUUUCAUAUUGCAAAUUGCUCUAAAAUGUGCCGACAUCUCAAAUCCCACCCGGCCAUGGGACAUUUCCCGUAAAUGGAGUCUAAAAGUCUGUGACGAGUUCUUCCGACAAGGGGAAUACGAAAGAAAACUAAAUCUUCCAGUUACUUCCAUUUGCGAUCAACAAUCUACUUCCGUUGCCAAAAUUCAAGUUGGUUUUUUUCGUAUUGUUGUCACCCCAUUAUUCUUGGAGUGGCAUCGAUUUCUGGGGAGCGAACUUUCUACUCAUAUGAUGGACAUUCUGGAGUCGAACAGAAAGAAAUGGGAGGAGCAGGAGAGAAAGGAAAAUGCCGAAGAAACACAAACCGAACUAUCGGACGCGGAACCUGAAGUUAGCGAAGACGAGGAAGCCACCAAACGAUCCUCUGAAACGCCCAGUAUUAUUGAAUGCCUACCUCCUCCCACAAGAGAAUUAAGAAGACAAUCACUCGCCGUUCCGAGCUUAGAGGGUGCUUUAGGUGUACGGCGGCACUCGGUGCCAGUGAACAUGGAACAAUCACUGCCAAGAACGAUCUACCGUAGGGAAUCAUUGCCGGUUAACCGCAGGGCCGUCAUCAGCCCCCAGGAAUCGCGGGCUUCCAGUGGCCUUAGGGAAGAGGACGAACUGGCCAGGUUCGGUUCCCAGGGCUCUGACAUAUCGUCUAGCCCACAACACUCCUCAACGGAAGACCAACCGGAACGUCCGCUGAGCGCAGAAAAUCUGUUGCCGGAACCCACGAUAGCUUCGAUGACAAGUGCACCGGCGGCAGGACGGCUGUCUUCAGUACUACAGGGCGGUAUCACGGCUGGUCCCACGCCGCCCAAGAGUCUCACCAGACAGCAAACGUUCCCGCCACCGCAGCCCUAUAAUCGAAUGCGUUACAUGUCCGCUACCGUCGAGAUGUCCACCUGCACAGAAACUGUCCACGAAGGCGACAGCCGUUCGAGUUCGUCGCGAAGCUCACGCGAAAACAUAUCAGCCCAUAGUUGCGGCGGUCAAAGAGGAACGCCCUACACGAUACCUUCGAUAGCAGUGUUGAGUCCAAGCAACGGUAGACCACCCGAUAUGCUGGUGGGAACGGAGGCAUCUACACCUCCACCGAUGCCCCACAAAUCUUCUCUGGCGAAUAAACGUGAACCGGAACCAGGUGACAGAGAAAAAGUUUGUAAAAUGGUGAAAUUGUCCGAUCCACCUGGCCAACGUUACCAAAAGGAAAAUGUCGACCCCCGGCGAUCGACCACGAAUUUAUCAAAACGGCGUGGUUCAGCACCAGUGUCAUUACCGUUAACAAAGCCAGAUGAGAAUCUACCUCCUGCAGGCGGGGGGCUGGAUCUCUCUGAUACACAAUACCUACGUAGAGCUUCUGUGCCAAUCGAAAUUGCUCAUUAUCACACAUACGACGACGACUCGUCACUGGACCCAAACCCAAACAUCACUCCGGUGGAAACGUCGCGUUCCUUUUGGCAGUACCAGCGCCGCGGGUCGGCACCUGUCGACUUGCCACCUGCCGUCGGCGGCGGCGGUGAAAGUUCACGUCGUGAACUCACUCGCCACACCAGUCUCAAUGGCAAGGCGGGCGGUCGACGCAAGAAACCGCUGCGCAGGCGCAGCUCUGGGGGUCCCGAGACUGUGUGUUUCGGCGCGGUAGAGAGUGGCGAUCAGCAGACUGCGCGACUUCUGCUUCGCAGAUCCGAUCAUCCGGACGCGCUGCUGGCUCAGCGGAGGGGAUCACUGCCUAUUGAGGUCCUGACUGUUGGACACUCGGUGUUUUGACGGUUGCCUCUUUUGCCUGUAGGGCUAUGGACAACACCGUCCAAUGUGCAAUAAGGACCAACCUACACUCACUGACUGACAUCCAAUUUCACUAGUUAGCUCAUUAUUUAUAAUCAUAUAAGAAGCCAAAUAAUCAUAAAUGUUCUAGUUGUCACCAUCAUUGUUAGAAUUUUUAUGUUAACAUAAAAGUGCGCAGUGCAUGUGUGAUGAGUAGGUAGAUUAUUUUUGGGAGACGGUCCACAACAAACUGGGAAAGAAUCGAGGGAAUUCUCUUAAUCGCUCAAGUAAAUAAAUCACUGUCUUCAAUAGACAGUAGCAAUAUCAAUAUUUAGAACUUAUCAGAAUUGUAUUUCGCUUGAUUGAUUUGUUGUGGAAGGGUCUCUUCUCUAUUGUAGGUAAUUAGGACUAGUUAUUUAUUUAUGAUUUUGUUGCAAGUUUUCAUUUAUUUGAUAAUUUGACAUUGUACAAUUAUUAUGUACCUUAUUAUUUAUUAUGAUAUAUCGUUUAGUUUAUUUAAAUCCUCUCGUGCAAUUGUGUAACUACAUAUUACAUAAAUAAGUGAAUGGACCACUAUCCAUAAGAUAACCGUUUUUAGCAGAAUUUGUUUAUAAUAAAAUUUCUGAUGCUGGUACAUUAGAAAUGUAGUUAAUAUGGAGAGACAAUUUUCCUUUCUAAAUAUUAGACACCUGCAAUUAUAAAUCUACAAAUUGCAACGUUGAAAGUAUGGUGGUCCAUUCCAUAUUAUCACAAGUGAAUCGACUGUUGUGAACCCCAACAGGUUUUUUUAUAUAAUUUGCAUUUGCAAAGAUUUUACAAAAUUUGACUACAAUGUAAUCAGUUUUUAUAUCUUUUUGGUGUUUAUUCUGUCGUGUUACAAAUGGCAAAAAAUCUUGGCGGAAACUCCUUUGAAAAACCGUAUCCUUAUUGCCGACGAAACGAUUAACUUCGGAUCUCGUUGACCUAUGCAAUGUUACUCAAGAAUAAUUGUUGAAUGUGGUUCAUUUUGUAUUGUGCUGUAUACUGUAUGUUAUGUAGUAGUUGAUUGCAGACAUAGUACAUUUCCUUAAAUAUCCACAACGUGAUUAUUUAUGGAACAGCCUCCAAAACGAUUCGAUGAAAAAGGCCAAAAUAAAUUUGUAAGUCACUUGUUCCGUAAAUAAUUAUUUUUGCAAAACUUUAUCUCUGCAACACUGUAGGUAUAAUAAAAAAAUUAAAUGAGACACACGAAAUCAAUCCAUGAAUAAUAUCCCAUCAACCUCAUUCAAUUUUUUUAUCAGCUAGACGAAUUGAAAUAAUCUAAAAUUAGAAAUAGUUUGGACACCCAAUAGAGGACAACCAUAAUCUGUAUGUUCUAAUAAUUGUAAGUACAGUGAUUAUACACAAAAAGACUUGAGACACAAGGGACCAGUUUCAUUAAUUGAAACUGAACAUCAUAUCCAAUUUUAUUUUGUAGUUUUGCUAUACAUAUACUUAGGUAAAUCCAACUCUAUGAGUAAAACUUCACCUCAAGUUCUGUUAUCACUGGUCCUGAGACAAACACUGCAUCAAAAUAAUAAAUCAAAAUAAAUGACAUGUUCAUGUGUGUUUUAGCUGUACAAAUCAAUAAUUAGUUGAUUUGCAAAUUUAAAAUUGCUUCAAAAAUUUUCGGCAAAUUUAAAACCAAAGGAAACAUAAUAAUAAUUAAUAUAAAGAUCUGCAUUUUUGUGAUAAUUUUAAAUUUGUGAACGUUACAGGGCAGUAAUAAUAUAAUUUAGUAAAAUAGACAAUUCAAUGUAAUAAAAUAUGGUGUAUCUUCACUCCUAGGACCAUACAGUUGAACUAACAGGGUUAUUCAUAAGAUGUGUUUCAAUAAGACUGCUUAGAAAAUGACAUUUAGGGAGGUAUACAGACAAGGGGUCAACAUUUCCCCCAUUGUUACGCUUAAUAUCUGAGUUCAACAUGAGUACUCAUCGUUUGUGAAAUGGUUGAUAAAUAAAUUCAUGUUUUUAAAAAUAA